AUGGAGUCGGAGGGUAUGGUCUCUGGAGAAGGCUGGAUUUCCGACGAUUCGAGUUUCUAUGGGGAUGAAGAAGAACAAGAUCGUUGGACAUCGCUGUGCAACGGUCAUACGACCAUGAAUACCGCUGCCCAUGAUCUGAAUAUAAUCCUCGCCCGGGCUAGAGCUAAGCCGGCGCCUGAUCUACACAACAUCUACGAAGGGCGCAUGGAUUCGUGGCAGUUGCAUGAAUCAAUAGACGACUUCCUGGAACGGCUACCGCCCGGACAAACAACUGUUUCCAUCUGCCCAUGGAUAUGGGUUGCAAAUCCACAUCCAAGUGGGCGUGACAGGAGCGGCCGAAGCCACGCGCAAGAUCAACUGGUGCCUCGUGGAAAGCUGUUCUUACAGCAGGCCUUGCAAGAAAGAGACGACAUUAUCAGUGAGAAUUCCCGUUCUGCCAAAGGAACCGUCACACGCUUGCUGGAUCAGAACGGCGCACACUUGAAGCAGAAGAUUACAGACCUAGCCAUAGAUACGAAUGUUUUGUCAGGCAAGUGGAUGCUGUUUCGAAAUGCUAAAAGUCUUGAGAGUACCUGGCGAAAAGUUGCGGAAGCAACCAUCAACAAUAGACUUGGAACUGCGGCAAAGGUUGCUACAGACGAUGGCAAAGGUGGAGAUCGGCUGAUCUGUGUGUACACCAAAGACUUCCGCGACGCUGGUGAUAUCCUCCGGGUGGUCAAAGAGAUAGCCGCGCUGGGGUUGCUCGACGGCGGACGAGGUAUAUUUUACAAAUCAGACGCGUACACGUAUCUCGACAUCUAUGGCAGCAAUGCACCAGCAUACGGACUCCAGGCCAGUCUCUUCUCGAGCAAAAAGUUGCUCUCAUCGGCAAACUACAACAAUUAA